GCCACGGACUCUGCAGGCAGACUUGAAAAUUCACAAUCAGUUCAAGAAUUUUUUUCCACAUCUUUUUUAUUGUUUUGGUGCUUCCACUUUCCAGCUUCCGAAUCUUGUUUGAACGUGUCAUCCUGGAUUUAGUUUCUAACUGGAAUAUAAAUUUCUUUGCACCGUAUUGAGAAUUUGUUGGGAUCGAGAGCGUGGUAUUGAGGCUAUUGCUGGCAGUGUUGCAGCCGUUUGAAGCAGCAGAAAAGCUGGGAGAACCAGAACCUUGAGUAAUUGUGCGACACUGUUGGCGAACGGACGAUGGAUGCGCUUUGAUCUGGGUUAAACCAAGCGCUGGCUACACAUCUCCGCGGCGCAGAGACAGCCUGAAUCGAGCGUUAAACAGAGCGUGUGGCCAGGUGCGAAUCGAGCUCCUCAGUCAUCACUCGUCGCAGCUUGAGUGGUGGCUGGUGAGUGAGUGUCCCAGUUUAUGGCCAGCUCCAGCUACCGUGCGGGAGCAGGCCGAGUGGAGGAGAGCGCGACGUCUGAUUCGGAGGAGGAGCAGCUGCCCGUGGAGCGCGGGCUCCGACAGGGAGGGCGCAGUCCGCGUCGUCGCGUGCAGCAGCGCCCCGUGGCCUUGCCGCGUCCGUCGCACUCGCGAUCCAGUCCGCCGCUGCUGCCCGUGCCCCUGCGCCGUCCGGGGCCCUACCCCAAGCCGCAGCUGGCCCGUCGCAGCCACCAGCCCAGCGCCAGUGCCAGUGCCGGUGGGCGACGGAAUGCGCAUUCGGCGAGCCACUACAGUUCCCUCGUCCUCGCCGCCGCCUCGCAACAACAUCACCACCCCGCCACCUCCGAGGACGAACCCGACCCCGACCUGGACCUGGACGGGGCCGACGCCAGCACGUCCGCCGCACUCUUCCACGAUGCCCACUCCUCCUACGGCCAGCGCGCCCCGGCCCACUCCCAGGCCCCGGCCAGGAUGUCAAUGAACUCUUAUUCGUCUUCCCCCGAUCUCGCCAAAGUUUCAAAACUCGCCAACAAGUGCAGUGUGCAGCAGUUGCGCAAGAUCCUCAGCCAGUACGAAGUGAAGGGAAUGUCCAAGAUGCGCAAGGAGACGCUCGUGCAGAACGGGAUGGAGGUGUACCGCAGUCUGGAGGACGCGGACCGGCGCCAGCUGGUGGAGGCGCUGAGCGACCCGACGGGGAAGGAGCGCGCCGUGUCCAGCACGGUCCCGGGCAACCCGGCGCCGCGGGGCUCCUCGCGGGGGCUGGCGGCGGGGCCGGGAGCGGGGCAGGGGCGCGGCAAGAAGCGCAAGGCGGUGGACGUGUGGACCAAGCCCCGCCAGCCGCACCGCUACGGCUACUUCCCCGAGGAGGACGACGAGGAUGAGGAGGAGGAGGAGGAGGACGACGAGGCCGGCGAGGACGACACCAACACCAGCGACAGUCGGGCCACCUCCAGUCGCAACGGGGAGCCGGUGGGGGGUCCGGGCUCCAACAAUCCCGGCAGCAGCUACGACAGCGAGGCCAACGACAGCACCUUCGUCCCCUCGGAGACCUCCGACGACUCCUCCGAGCACUCGGCCGAAAUCAUGCCGCCCUCCUUCCUCAAUUCAGGGAAUCAGCAGUAUCUCAGGCAGCAGCAUCCGCACAACAGUCCCCGUCGACCCAAAGCCACGGCGAACGUGAUGAGCGCCCCUUCCUCCUCGUCCGCCAACCCCGGCUCAAGCAAUCCCCACCACCCCCCGCAACAGCAGCACCAGCCCUCCUCGCGGCCCCGCAUCACCCUGACCCUGCCGAAAUCGGUGAUAACGGGCCAGCAGAGCCAGGGCCACGUCCGGGGCUCAACCUCUAGCGCGGCCUCGCCCGCCAGCGCCACCACCAACCCCAUGUCCCUGGUCAGUCCGGCGUCGCCCUCCCCCUCGCCGGCCCAGCCGACCAGCUCCGGCACCGCCUCAGGGAACACGGCCUUCGUCUUCUCGCGCGGCAACGCCUUCCCGCUCAACCAGCCCAUGCGCAUCAACACCGGGACGCCGCCGAUGUCCUCCGGCCACAGCACCAUCCGCCCCUACGUGCCCCGAGGCAAUCCAACGGCGGCGCCGCCCGCGGUGACCGCCCAGCAGUACUGGAAUGUCUCCGGCAGCAACGCGCCACAGGCGGCGACGGAGCAGCAGCGCAGCAAGCGCGUGCCCGACCCGCUGAGCAGCAGCUACGCGCCCAUGUCCCCGUCGUCCUACGGCAUCGGACCGCCCCUGGGCAGCAACCAGCGCUCCUACGCCCUCCCGCCGGCCAACCUCCCGGGCCCCUACACCCCCUCGGCGCAGUCGGCGGCCAGCAGUCGCAGCGGCUCGACGCGGCAGUACGCCGACUACCUGGACCAGUUCUCGCAGUACCUCCCCGACCAGCCGCAAGCCCCCGCGGCCGCCUCCCGCGUGCAGUCCACCGGCAACACCACCUCCACGCCGCACCUCUUCGGCGUGCCCAUCAUGAGCAUGACGGACUACGCGGCCGUCAACCUGGACAACGGACAGCGCAUGUACCCCUCCAGCAGCAACCAGCAGCGCGCCGCCGCCGUGGCUAACAACGCGGACUUUGAUCUGUCGCAGUACCUGUCCAUUCCCGGCUCUUCGGCGGCGUCGCCGCGGACGGCGCCCACCGGGGGCAUGAGCGCCCCGCAGCGGCCGCGCUACGCCGCCGGCUACCAGUCGCCGUUGACGCGGGACCCCGGCAGGACCGUCAUCCAGCCGGCGACCAGCGCGUACCCGCCGCCGCCGGUGCAGUCGACGCGGCUGGUGGCCAACCCCAACCAGCCGGGCCUGAACGCCAACAGCAUCAUGGCCAACAACCCCUUCGCCGGGGUCUUCGCCGCCACGGCCGCCGAGCGCAGCGACCGUCUGGAGGAGAAAGUGAUCACCGGGCCCAGCGGCGCCCCGCAUGAGCUGCGCUUCGGCGUGCUGAAGCCCAGCUUCCAGGCCAAGCCGUUCAGCAUGGACAACGGCGGCAGUCACGGCAAGGUGAUCAAGCCGCCCGUCUUCCACCAGACGCUGGCAGACGUGACGCCGCCGUUGAGCAUUCGCCGCGAUCCCUCGCUGACGUCGCGCGGCGUGUACCGCGAGAUCAUCACCACCUUCUUCUUCGACCACACCAAGACCGUCAACAACGACCAGCACAUGGUGCUCAUGCGCUUCUGCCAGGAGGGCCUGCAACGGCCCUACCACGAGACCCACCCGGACAAUCUCAAACUCAUGCUCAACGGCAAGACACUCGUCGAACCGAGUGUGGUGGACUUUAGCAACCGCAUGAAGAAGAAGAAGAACACGGUGUACAGCCAGCCGAUCGAGGUGCCGCUGUCGAUGAUCGCCGGCCAGAACGUGGUGCUGGUGCGCUGGACGGAGGACAGCGGCCAGAAUCUGGGCCCGGGCGGCCAGCAGCUGCCCGACGAGCCGCCCAAGGACUACUGGUUGCUGGUGGAGUACGCGCGGCGCAAGACGAUGGAGGAGAUCCUGGGCCUGGUGCAGGCGCAGCGGGUCAGCCUGACCGACACGGUCUUCAAGCUGUACCAGACGCUGUCGGGCUCGGACGACGACAUCGUAACGGACUCGCAGAAGAUCAGUCUGCACUGUCCGGCCUCGCGGCUCCGUCUCGGGCUGCCGGUGCGCGGCCGCCACUGCGACCACGUGGACUGCUUCGACGCCAACAGCUUCCUGUUCAUGAACAAGGCGCAGAAGGCGCGCUGGACCUGUCCCAAGUGCAACAAGCCCGUCCACUUUGACGAGAUCGUCGUCGACGAGUUCCUGCAGCGCCUGCUGGACGCCUUCCCCAACAGCGAGAGCAUCGAGGCGACACUGGACAAGGAGCAGAUCGUCGUGCGCGAGGCCUCCAAGCCCGCCGAGCACGACUCCAGCGAGAUGGGCAGCGCCUCAGCCUCCUCCUCCGGAUCCCGUCCGUCGACGGCCAACGGCGCUUCCGCCUCGUCCUCUUCAGGCGGCGGAUCAUCCAGCCGCAGCGCCGCCGCCAAAGCCGCCGUGGAGAUCAUCACGCUGGACUGAUCGCAGCCGCGCUGUUGACCAAACGCCCGCGUGGAUCGUCUCGUCUCGGCGUUUUGCAGGAUCUUGGCCGUUUGUUUCAUGUUGUACUAACCGACUGCACUGCACACUCGCGUCGACUGCUGCUGCGUCGUGUGCUCCCCGCUCGGGCGCGGACGGGCGUUCCUUGUGAUACAGGUCUGCUUGUGACUGCGCCCCACAGGCAGGUAGGCCCAUGUCGGCGCCGUCCCUGGCCGCGCCGGGGCACAGUCAGUUCAGCAGUGGCGCGCCACCGACUUGUUGUUUUUUUAAUCAGUUAAUGGCCCAAUGCAGAAUCUGCUUGUGGCGUUGGCCGACUCUUCUGUUUUGUUCCCAAAUGUUUUUAUCAUAGCUAAUAGCAUUCAUUUUCUGUAAUUAACGACGCUCUUGAAUCUUGAUAUUAUUAUGUUUCAUCAGGGUCUGGUUACUGACAUGCGCAGUGGAAAUUCUGCAUUAUAACGUACAGGUUUGCUCAGUAGGCGCUGCUAGUGAACAGUGAUGGAGCCUUUUCUGAAAUGCACGAAAUUAAAGCCAACUAAUUUUGA